AUGUCUAGUUCGGUGAAUUAUGUCUAUGUGUUAUUGCUUACAACUCUAUUGCCCACAAUGUUGGUCCUUGCUAACAACAAUCAAAUGCCGUUUGGAGCGGCGCGCAGCAGCAAAUUGAUGGCGGUUGGUGGCGCUCCCAGUUUAACCCGAAGUCUAUCCCGGCAAACAUCAAGGAAUAGCCGCUGUUCACCCUAUGGAUUUUUAAAUAACAAUCAGGCUGCAAAUUUAGCUGUUAGCAAUUUGCAAGCCCAAUCGGACAAAUGGAGUAAAAAAUUCUUGGCCAAACGUGAAGCCGAACCCCACUCAGCACCCUAUGUGGUGUCCAUACAACUGCUAACACCCGACGAUGGUAUGGUCCACUAUUGUGCCGGUACCAUCAUCAAUGAACAUUGGAUAUUGACGGCGGCACAUUGCCUUAGCAAUCCUCAGUUGGUGGCAAAUUCUGUGGUGGUUGCCGGCUGUCAUGACAUUCAUUCACGCGAUGAAAGUCCCAAUGUACAGCUGCGCCACAUUGACUAUUAUGUAAGGCACGAACUCUAUCUUGGUGGGGUUAAUCCCUAUGACAUAGCCCUGAUUUAUACCAAGGAACCAUUGAAUUUUGACAAAUAUGUGCAACCGGUAAAUUUGCCCCAACAAGAUGCCCAGCCGGAGGGUUAUGGUACCCUCUAUGGAUGGGGUAAUGUCUCGAUGACAAUUGUACCCCAGUAUCCGCAUAAAUUGCAAAAGGCAAAUAUGCCCAUUUUGGAUAUGGAAUUGUGUGAACAGGUGUUGGCCUCUUCGGGUAUGCAGUUACAUGAUACAAAUUUGUGUACCGGUCCGCUGACGGGUGGUGUCAGUAUUUGUACCGCCGAUUCGGGUGGUCCUCUGAUACAAGAUGAAGUCAUUGAUGUCUAUGGUAAUACCAGGCCCACAAUUAUUGGUAUUGUUUCGUGGGGUAAAAUGCCAUGUGGCCAAAAGAAUGCGCCAUCGGUGUUUGUGCGGGUGUCGGCCUUUACCGAUUGGAUUGAACAAAUUAUUACAACAACAACACAAUUUGAGUAAAAAAUGGA